UGGUGGUGUAGUGGUCCCGGGUUUGAAUCCUGCCGACUCCUUCCUUGCUGGGUUGAGUGUCGAGCUGGCAACUCGGCCUCGUAAAAAACAGACAAAUGCUAAGGGAACUGCAAAGGAUGCCGCCCUGAUGCGCGAGAAGGAACAGCAGCAGCCAUGAACCUAAAAGACUCUUGGACAGUUACACAGAUAGGAAAUGCUUAGACCCUAGAGGAAUAUGAGGAGAGAACACUGUGGCCCCCGGCACCAAACUGUUCUGAGGCCAGGACAGCCUUCCCCUGAUCCACAACCUGGAGACUCGAUUGAAAUAUCCCGGGGUAUAUAUCAACAUUGGGCCAUCUACAUUGGAGAUGGAGAUGUUGUACAUUUAACUUCAGAUGGAGCGAGUGUGGAUGUGUCUUAUGGAUAUUCUAGUUCUACAGCCAUUGCUGUGGUUAAGAGAGAGCCUCUUGCUAUGGUCAUUGGAAAUGAUUGCUGGCGCAUCAACAACGAUGCAGACAGAAAGUGGAGACCUUUUCCCCGUCAUAAGAUUGUAGAAAGAGCAAAAUCAGAAGUUGGGAAAAAAAAGCGAUACCAAGUAUUGGGAGCAAAUUGCGAGCACUUUGUUAAUUCAGUUCGUUAUGGAAAAGGUUUGUCGUAUCAGGUUUGGAAGUGUGCUGGAGGUGUACUUUGGUCUGGUCUCAGCAUAUUGGCUCUGCCAGCAACUGCUGCGGCUGCUGCUAGUGUUGGCGGUUUUAUGGUUGGGUAUUACAUUUUUGAUCGUAUUCUUUCAAAAUGACAUUGAAGGUAACUACUGAUGAAUAA